AUGGAAGAGCAGAUGGGAAAUACAGUACGCAACAAAAUCCCAAUAAAAGUUCAUACUAAAUGUAUUACGCUGAGAGAUACCGGUACAACCACUUUAUUGAUACAUCAAGAUUGUGUGAGGCCACAGUCAUAUACUGGAGAAUACGGAAAAGUUGAAGACUUCAAAGGAUGGCACAAAGCGUUAGUACUAGAUCAACCCCUAGAUGGCAUCGAUUUAAUAAUUGGGAAUGUUGCAGAUGUGAAAGAGUGUACAGAAGCGGAUAUUACACAUUGGCAAAAUCACCAUGACAUCAAUAAAUCCAUGGCGAUUACCAGAUCACGGAGUAGGAAGGAAAAAGCUCUUGAAAAAUUAGAUCAGAACUAUACGCAGCCACAACCCAUCGCAGAACAAACUAUGUUGGAUGUACAUGAUGAAGUUAAAAUGAAUAAUAAUAAUGAAACAGAGAACAGUGGAGAGAAAAAUCUUGACCAUGUACAUGAUGAAGAAAAGAUGAAUGAUAGUAACGACAAUGAAACAGAGAACAAUGUUGAGGGAAAUUAUAAUGUUCCUGAUGAUGAUAUUCUGGCGGAUAGGAAGUCUCCAAUAACCAUUGAAGAUAUAAAACAAAAUAAAUCAAGUCUAGUGAUGAAUAAUAAAAAAAGAGGAGGAAGAUGA